CCAUUUAACUGGUAACAAAAAGUAACUUACGUUGCGCGCGCGUUUUUAGGAAUUUUGUUGCUUUAUUAGACAGAACUGAAAAAAAAUAUCAUUAAUGUUUUAAUUUUAACUUGAUAUUAAAUAAAUGUCUCGAAAGACGAGUGAAACCGUGUUCAGGCACAGUAAAGCUACGCCAGAUGAGUGUGGAAACGUAGCGUGGGAGGACGAUGCAUUAAUUAAGGCGUAUGAUACGGCGGUAUCAAAUCUACAGAAUUUCGACUUACGUACAAGUCCUUAUCAGUCUUCCCCACCGUACGAUGCCUCAGCUACCGUGUCUAACGAAACUGGUUACGUUGUUUGGAGCAGAACACCAAAAGUAGAGGUACAGCAUUAUGCCGAUGAUAUUAAACAAAAUGAAGAAUAUGUCGAAGAAAAUGAUGAAACAUGGUCCGCUGGUGACGAAUGCAUGGCAUAUUUCUAUGAGGAUGGACUGUACUACCCUGCUGUCAUACAAUCUGUUGAUUAUGAUGACGGAACAGCUACUGUGGAAUAUACCGACUACAACGGGGGUCCUGAGGCUGUACAGUUAGAAGACAUACAUCCGCGCCGGCUAUGGAAUCUCUCAGAAGUUGAAUCAAAUUUAAGCGAAACAACGCAAUCAUGUUCGAGCUCUGUAGCUAAUAAUGCUGAUGAUGAGCGGCAGAAAAAAGAAAAUAAACCUCGUUUAAAAUCUUCACAUCAUAACCAUAAACAAUUCAUUCCGAAACCUUUUAAUCUAAUGCCGCCGUCUCCAUGGAUGUUACCGCCGGAUUUAAAUACGACAACGAAUGAUGUUAACAGCUUAUCAAAAGACGCACUUUCGAAUAUGUUCGCCAGUUGGUAUAUGGCAGGGUAUCAGACUGGUUUUCAUAGAGGUCUAGCGUCUUCUUGUUGCAAAAAUAAUUGCAAAAAAUGACCACAGAAAUUAUGUCUAAGCUAUGAGCUGAACAGAGGAAUUAUGUAUAAGUUGUUCUACUUUUUUGAUUUAAUAAUGAAAGAAAUUGCUGAUUUGUUUUUCUACAAUUAUUUUGCCUUGUGUAAGUGUAGUUAUAAUGUGAUUUGUAAUGGCCUACAUUUGCGCACUCGACUGCAGUAUCUAGGUCUCAAGGUAUCAAUAACUUGUAUUUGUGAUCGAUAUGUAGAGAAAUAUCUACCAUAGGCUACACAACAAAUAGUGACAAUCACACUUACACUCUUAUUUUGUUUAG